ACCUAACCCUAAGAGAUCUCGAGUCUCGACUCUCAUUCUCAUCAGACCAUCUCCAACACCCAACUCCAACUCUCCCACUCCAAACUCUUCUCGCAGCUCCAAGCGGCAAAGCCACUCCGGCUCUGCUACCUCAGGGUCUCACGGCUCCGGCGCCGGCUCUGCAGCCUCUGCUGCCUCACGCCUCUCGCCUCUCGUUUCGCCGUCUCACUUCCAUGUAAGUGCGUGUUGCUCAGUUUCUAUCUUGGUUGCCCAUGACGUUGCUCGAACUAGUCACAAAGGCUGCGGCGGAUCCCUCAGGUCGUUUCGCUCAAUCACAGUAUCCAAUUAUCUUAAAUGCUGAUGAUAUCUUAUGCAUUUUGAAGCCCAAAAAUGAAGAUUCCAAUAAUUUUUCUCUGUUCAAACGCGUCAGCGGAUGGCAGAUUUCAGCAACCGAUUCAGAAAUCAUCGCACUAGGGAGCCGGUUUUGCAAAAAAUUGAAAAAGAAUUUAAAAAAUAAAACUUUUGAUCGGGAAGAAUGUCUAGGGCUUCUGAAUUCAUUUCUGGAGGAAACAAGGAAGAAGGUUGGUAUUUCUUGUGGUGUUGAUCCUUCUGAUUUGAGUUACACCCGUGUAAUGAUUGAAAAGUUGGGAGUGUUCAUCGCUCAAGAUGUUUCACGUUUGGUUUUAGAGGCUUGUUUACAACUGGAACUUUGGGAGUUGCUGGAAACUUUAAUUAGUCAAGGACUUGUUGGUCAUUCAUCAUCUACAUUUGUGCUUCAGUCUCUCAUUGAUGCAAAAAGAUCGGAUUUGAUUUGUCUCUGUAUCAAGCAUUUCUCUGACUUUCAGUCUUCAGAUCUUAUUUCUGUAUUGAAAUUUUUUCUGUCUCCACAAAAAGAAGCAUUCGGUAGUAUGGUCAAGGUCAGGGAAGAAUGGGAAAGUCAAGCUCUUUUAGCUAUUGAGAAGGUAGCCUCUGAAAACCUCACCAGGAAGAAAUCUAAUUUAGCCAAGCAAGCUUCAGUCCUGCUGAUGAUAGCCCAUGACGGGUUCUCUACAUCCGAACUCUGUCUGCAUUACUUGUUUGCAUCAUCGAACCUAGAUGAACUGACGUUGUCUUCUUCUAUCAGUAGAUUGGACGGUUCAGAGAUGUCAAGUUUGAUUCGGUACAUGGGGAAGUGGUUGAGGAAGUACGAGAGGUUUCCCCAGGCAGGCCUCUGUCCGACAGCAGCAGUGGUAUUGGGUUUGAAAGCCUGUGACUGGGUGCCAUCCCUUGAGUCCAUUGUGAAGUAUCUUGGAUUGGUGCUGGAUGAGCAUUUCUCUUCCUUGGUGUUGUAUUCAGAAUUUCAUGAAGAGCUGAGAUCGAUGGAGGUGGUUGUGAAAUCUUUAGCUAUGGAAGCUAGCUUAUGUUGUUCGGUAGCUAAUGUGAUCGAGAAUUUGAGAACAGAAGUUGGACAGCAUGAAGGUGCAUAGGCUAAGCCGGUUGGUAUUUCGUUGAUUUCUGCAUUUUGACCUUCAUGAUUUUGUGACUUAUUGAUGAAUGGUGGAAACAUGGUAUCUAACUAGUAAUUUUGGAAGUUUUGUUUUUUCAUUAUUGAUGUCAACUUUGGCAACCCUUCAUUGGUUUUCGAAGGGAAUUGACUUCAUGGUUGAUCCCAAAUUCGGUGACUGAUGUGUUUCGUCUUCAA